AUGGAUAUCAUCACGUCCUUCUGCUUUGCAGAGUCUCUUAAUGCGCUGGAUCACAAAGGAUUUCGUCACCCUGUUCUAGUGGGCGUCGAAGUCGCUCUGCCAAUGUACUGGGUUUUCAAGCAUUUCCGACCAGUUCAGUGGAUUUUUAUGCACACUCCAACGUGGCUCUCGUUAUUAAUGAGCCCUGAAACCGCCGGUAUUAUGGGGGUUCAAAACGUAACUUCUCUUGUUCUCACAAGUACAAGAUUACUUCUUGAUCUCGAAAACAAAAAGGCCGGGGAGUCACUGCCAACUCGUCAUGGUCUUUUCGAUGAGGCCAUGGCUCUGCUAAUCGCAGGUAGUGACACCGUGGGAAAUACUCUUGCAGUAGGAGGGUUUCAUGUUUUGAAUAAUCCUAAUGUUUACGAAAAGCUCUUUAAUGAGCUUAAGAAAAACUGGCUAGUGCUUGAAAAGUCACUCGGAUAUGAAGAACUGGAAAAAAUGCCAUACCUAAAUGCAGUCAUAAAGGAAAGUUUGAGGGUCUCACAUGGAGUCGUAUCAGCAUUACCCCGAGUAGUGCCACCAUCCGGUGCCACAAUAGGAGGGGCGUAUAUCCCAGGAGGAACGGUUGUAGGGAUGAGCUCCCCAUAUGUCCAUAUGAACGAAGGGAUCUUUCCAGAAGCCCACCGUUUCAUCCCCGAGAGGUGGCUGCAACCGAAUUCCAAGCAUCUCGAGCAUUGGCUUGUGCCGUUUUCCCGGGGCCCACGAAUGUGUCUUGGUGUCAAUCUUGCAUGGUGCGAGUUGACUAUUGGGUUUGCCCAUAUCUUUCGGAAGUUUGAUCUCAAGUUGCACGAGACAACGGAAAGGGAUAUAAUGUGGAAAGAAUACUUUGUGCCUCACUUCAAGGGAAAGCGUGUUCAAAGUUUCAUUAAACUUAGGCCAAGCUAG